AAUCAGAAGCGGCCAUCUGUGAGGCGAUAAAACCUAGGAAUCCCCUCAUCGAGCGGUCUUAACAUCUUCUCUUCGUCAGAUUUCUUGGCUUGUGUCACUUUGUAGCUCUAAGAGUGCGAAAAAGGCCGAAAUGCGGGUGUCCGCUGUGCUCUUGGUCCUUUUUGCAGGCUCUUUGGCUGUCCAGGGCACCGUGUACUUCAAGGAGCAGUUUCUCGACGGAGAAGCGUGGAAGAGCCGCUGGACCGAGUCCAAGCACAAGUCCGACUACGGAGAGUGGAAACUGACCGCUGGCAAGUUCUACGGGGAUGCUGAGAAGGACCAAGGUCUGCAGACCAGCCAGGAUGCACGUUUCUAUGCCCUGUCUUCCCGCUUUGAGCCCUUCAGCAAUGAGGGAAAAACACUGGUGGUGCAGUUCACCGUGAAGCAUGAGCAGAAGAUCGACUGCGGUGGGGGGUACAUCAAGCUCUUCCCGACGGACCUGGAGCAGGCAGACGUGCACGGCGACUCGCAGUACUACAUCAUGUUCGGUCCUGACAUUUGUGGAUACAGCACCAAAAAGGUCCAUGUUAUCCUCAACUACAAAGGCAAGAACCAUCUCAUCAAGAAAGAGAUUAAGUGCAAGGACGACGAGCUCACCCACCUGUAUACCCUGAUCCUGCGACCCGACCAGACGUAUGAGGUCAAGAUCGACAACGAGAAGGUGGAGUCGGGCACCCUGGAGGAGGACUGGGACUUCCUUCCCCCGAAGAAGAUCAAAGACCCGGAGGCGAAGAAGCCCGAAGACUGGGAUGACCGAGCCAAAAUCGACGACCCCGAGGACACCAAACCAGAGGAUUGGGAUAAACCAGAGAACAUUCCAGACCCCGAUGCCAAGAAGCCUGAUGACUGGGAUGAGGACAUGGAUGGAGAGUGGGAGCCGCCCAUGAUUCCCAACCCUGAGUACAAGGGGGAGUGGAAACCGAAGCAGAUCGACAACCCCAGCUACAAAGGGGUGUGGGUCCACCCAGAGAUCGACAACCCUGAGUACACGGCCGACUCGACCAUCUACAAGUACGACAACAUCGGCGUCCUGGGGCUUGACCUGUGGCAGGUGAAAUCAGGAACCAUAUUUGACAAUUUCCUAAUCACGGAUGACGAGAAGCUGGCGGCAGAUUUCGGAGCUGAGACCUGGGGAGCCACAAAGGAACCAGAGAAGAAAAUGAAGGAGGAGCAAGAGGAGCAGAAACGCAAAGAGGAGGAAGAGAAGAGCAAAGAGCAGGAGGCGGAGGAUGGUGCCGAACAUGAGGAGGAGGAUGAAGAGGAGGAGGAUGAGGAGGAGGAGGAUGAGGAGGCUGGUGACACUCGCAGCCCAGAGGAAGGGGAGGAGGACGAGGCGGUUCCAACGAAGGAUGAGCUCUGAGGGGAUCCAGUCCAGGACCGAGUCCAUCGGCCAGUCCCUUGCUGGGAGACGCUCCCUGCAGGGCCCCACUUCCAGAGCCACCAGUAGACUUGAACUGUUGAUUAUUAUUUUCAGGAACUGUGUGUGUGUGUGUGUGUGUGUGUGUGUGUGUGCGCGCGCGCGCGCGCAGGUGAAGAAAGGGAAUGGUGCUUGCUUGAGGGAUCUUAAA